AUGGAGAUCUCAAAACUCAUGGUCACGGGAGGUACGAUGGGCGUUCACUUCGACUGCAGAGAUCUCACGUGCAUCAAGCCGGAAAUCCUGAAGAACGUGAUGAACUUUGCCAUCAGGAUCUACGUGAGAGCGUUCGAUAAGUUCUACAAUGACAUGCGAGCGAAGCACGGUAACAUAUCGCUGGUUAGCGACCUGGAACAGGCCUGCGUCACCGGCAGCAAGAUGGACGUCAAACCUUGGAAGCUGGGCCCUAUAUUCUAUGAGUACCUGCGGAGAGAAGAAUACGCAUCACUUCCAACCAACAAAGUCGGCUUCGAUAUCAGCGGCCAUAAUAAAUACUCUCGUCUUGAGAUCAUUAACCUUCAGGAGCGGUUCGACAAAUCGAAGCGCGCCUACAUUCGCGUCUGGCGCAAGUCGCGUGAUUACAAAGUGAUCGUUCCGGACAUGCAGGCGUAG